UUCGAAAUGCCUGUCUUUGGUUAACACUUCAGAUUGUUUCAAGAUACAAAAUUUUAAAUUAUGUGACUGGUAAAUUUUAUUUUUUGAAGUUUUUUAGUUUGGUUCUUCAGCCUAAAGAAAGAGAGGCAAAAAGUAGAUAACGCAUUUCGAAUAUGUGAAAUAUUUGUGUGACAAAGGAAUAUGCCAGAAGCUCAUAUACUGAGAUCAGGUGCUCCAAAUUUAAGAAUGUGAAGGAAGAUUAUGAUAAUCUAAUUUUUCAUUUUUGAGUUUAUUCUUCACUACGUUCAUUCGUUUGUACUUAUUAAGACGUAAAAGCAAAGUAAAUGGCUCGAAGAUGCGUUGAUUAUCUAGAUGAUACUGACUAUAUCAAUUUUUCAAGUUUCCAAAGAUGGUGUACAUCUCGUGCAAGCCCUCCCCGCUAUUCCUAUCCAAGUUUUUAUUCUGACGCUAUGUGCUCCGUGCAUUCGAAUAAAUAUGAUGUUUACAACGGCGGAUAUUAUCAGACACCCUAUUGGCUGUUACAACAUUUAGCAAACUCUGGCAAUGAGUCAUUUUACUUGUCAAAGAGGAGUGACAAGAGAUAUCACAACAGUUGGUAUAAUCCUGAUGGAUUUCAUUACAAAGAGAACAGAUAUUAUCAGCAUAGAAGAUUGGAUGAAAUUUAUAAAAUUGAUAGAGGAAGUAAUUAUGAUCAUAUGUCAUACGACGAAAGAAGAUGUUUUACACGUUGUAACAGAAACGGUUCCAUCUGUCGUAAUAAACAGAAGAAUGAGGAAAUCCUCUCAUCAAGACCUGCCAGAAAGCCUGACAUUACUGGUAAUAUAUCCGAUGGAAAUACAGAUGUCAAUAGCUUAAAUAAUUUGUAUGAUUCCAGGAUGCUGUCUUCAGAUUUUCCAAAGAAAAAGGAAGAUGAUAAACAAAAUAAUCAGUCUUCUAAUAGCCAUUCUAUAAUUUCUGACGAGAAAAGGAAGACAUCCGAAGAUGAAGAAAAAGAUUCCACCUGCAGCUUGAACUCACAUGUAUCGGAAAACACCACUAAAACCUCAUCCCCCAAAUACAAUGAUGGAUAUGCGUCUUGGUACAUGUCAGAGGAGCAACAACAAAUUGUUGACACAUUACGAGAAGUAAAUAUGAGGCAUGAACGACAGUUAAGAAGAGACAUUCAAGCGGCAAAGGAAGGUCACCCUCGAUCGGAUGAUUCUUCUUCCAGCUACAACGAAAUGAACUGCUCGGACACUCAACAUCGUUCAUCCUCCUCUGAUGAAGAUGAAUGUAUAACUCUCCUUCUUUCAUCAACUGAUGUAGCUCCUAUUUGUGAUCCUUUAAGUGAAGAAGAUGUUGAAAUAAUUAGAAAUGAUUACCUCGAAAAAUCAAGUAGCGAUUAUUUUGAAGAUUUCCAAAGCAUAUUCACAGUUUCCCCAGAGAAAAAAAUUAUAAAUACGCUCACAAAAGUUUGCAUGAAAGAGGAAUUUUCUACUGACAGCCAGAGAUUUGAAGAUAUUCACAAUAACAAACUUAUUUCUAAAGAUGUCAUCAAACAAAAUGUAGAAUGUGUCGAGGAAAAUUCAAAAAAGCCAUUAAGCAAGGUAAAUAACGAAGAUGAAGUUGUGAACUCUUCAUAUAAUGAGGUUUCUGAAGACACCAACGCUGAGAAAUUAAAUGACUGUAAAAAUGAGGAAACUUUAAGCCCCAUAUCUUCUUCACACUCAUAUUCCAGAAGUUCUAGUCCAUAUAAUGAUAUUCUAAAGGAAUAUAAAUAUGACGCAAAAAUUGAAGAGGUAAGAAACGCAAAAACUAAAGAUUCUUAUAAAGAAUAUCUUAACAAUUCGUAUCAUCCAUUACAUGAAAAGAAGAGCACUCCAUUAGAUGAUCCACUAGAAAUCAUUGAUUCUUGCAUAAAUAAUAAUUUAGAUGAUGAAAAGCUUCAAAAUAUUUUAGAUGAUGAAAAGCUUAUUGAACGAGCUAACGUAGCUGAAAAAGAGAAUAAGCUUUCCAAGAAAAACUUCCAGCUGUCUUCACAAAUCUCUGAAUUUCCCAGGCAAUCUAAUUUGUACAGCAAAAAUGAAGAUGAAAAUGCUAAGGAAACAGAAAUGAAAGACUUCAAUGAUUCCAUCACUCUGACAGACACAGAGACUUCUUCUUCAGUAGAAACAGCAGUUAACGAUACCUGCAAUUUUAAAUGCAAAGAAUUGCCAAAUAACUGCCGAAACGAACGGAAAGAGAUAAAAUCAUCUAAGGUGCGAAACUAUGAAAUGCAUUCGGAAAUCUUAAACACCACUUCUCUGAAUACUGUUAAAAAUUCGUGUGAGUGUAAUGAAAAUCCUGAGUAUCAUAUAUUUGUGCGCAACUCUAAAAUAGAUAUUUCGCAUAAUAUACAAACUCAGGAUAAUCAACGCGGUAAAAUCAGAUAGCUGUUUAAUCAACCCAAACGUCAACCAUAAAUGUAC